AUGAAUCGCUUAGCUUUAUACGCUAUCGCCGCUCUGGCAUUGAUGUCCAGUGCCAAUGGUUUUGGUAUUGAAAGAGGUUUCUUAGAUUUAUUCAUGAAAGCCGGUUCCGAGGACCAGUGCCAGGAUUGUUUGGAUUUCUUUGGUGAUUUGUCCAGUGUGCUGUCAGGACCUGAUUUCGGCGACAGAGUGAGGCAAGGCUUGGAGGAACUAUGUUCAGAAGUAGGUAUGGAUGUUCAGGAAUGUGCUGACACCAGUUUGUUGUUUAUCCAGACUGUUCUUGGAGCUCUUACCGCUGACAUGCCAGUACGAGAUAUAUGUGAUACUAUAGCUUAUUGUGAACCUAUUCCAGAUACAACUUCCCCAGCUCCUUCUACAGCAGCGCCCCACUUUUAA